AUGCUUGCCCCACUCUUGACCCUCGCUGCUGUGAGCACCCUACUUGGACAGUCUUGUGCUCUUCCACCGCCUAGCCCUCACAGCCCUCCCGGUCCUCCUGGACCACCUGAAUAUUUCAUCGACACAACAUGGUGGGAUGCUAACUCCGGUGGCGCAAGCGACGAAUGGGGUCUCUGCGCAAACCUAGGAUCACGUUGCGGACCCGUUCUGGAAAACAGAUAUGCCAUCUGGAUCACCUACGCCGAUAUCGAUAAAUCGGCCACUGCAAACAUCAAUGUAUUACGCAUUCCAACCACGUAUGCCGCCUGGAUCAAGCUUCCAGGCACCCAACUGUACUCUGGCAACCAGCAGAAAUAUCUCAAGGAUAUUGCUUUGUAUGCCAUCAAAGAGUACAAUAUGCAUAUCAUUGUUGACAUCCAUUCUCUGCCCGGCGGAGUCAACGUCGACAAUACCGCUUUCUCUGCCUUUGGCUCUCCAUACGCUCUCUCAGACCUCACAAACUUCACAAAAGGCGUCUUGAAGCGCGUCGGCAAGGUCAAUGCUAAGAUCCCAGUCAUGCUCCAAGACGGCUUCAAAGGCGAAUCUUACUUCCCGCCCUCUUUCGACGAGACCACAAACCUCGUCUUCGAUAUCCACAGCUAUUAUUUCGCAGGCAGAAACGCGUGUGCCGCAAACGUAUCUUCCUACAUCUGCACCGAUGCCAAAGCCGCAGUGGGCGAUGGCAAAUUCCCCGUCUUUGUUGGCGAGUGGGCGAUUGAGGCUCAAUACAACAACACUUUUGCUUUACGACAGGGUAAUCUGGCCGCUGGUUUGUAUGCAUUCGGCAAGAAGACUUCGGGAAGUGCUUAUUGGACUGCCAAGCGCUCACCAUUCGUAGCAUGGGUCAACCACAACAACUCCAGUGCUCACACCCACCCCUAA